AUGGAUGUUAAUCGAGUUCCCACAGUCAAGAAAUGGAUUGAAGAAGAGGCGAUGAUGGACAUCGCCGCGAAGCUUAGCGCAAAGCUCAAGGUGAUCCAGGACGCGCUGGCUGCAUACGACAAGGUCAAAGACAGAAUAGGAAAUGUGAGUCGCGAGAUCAGGACUCAAUUCGACAAGAUAAGAGCGGACUUUGCAAAGAAAUUAGAAGGGAUAGAGGACCGGCUGAGAGAAAUUCCCGGCUACCUAGUAGUAGCGGGGGAUUUCAAUGCCAGGGCGACGGAAUGGGGGAUGGGAAGGACAGAGACUAGGGGUAGAUUGCUGCUGGGUAUGGCUGCAAGGCUAGACCUGGCAGUUGCCAAUAGAGGUCAAAGAUCAACUUACAUCCGACCGGGUUACGGGGAAUCGAUCCCGGACGUGACGAUAGUGUCGGAGAAGUUACAGCAGCGUGUAGAAGGUUGGCAGGUGAUAGACGACUAUAAUGCCAGUGAUCAUCGGUAUAUCACCUUUGAGGUGAAGGACAGGCCGGAGCAAGGUCAUAGGGCUACUCCGCGACCCCCAAAGCGGAGCCUGAAGAAUCUUGAUAGAGAUCGCUUUUCAGAGUUGCUUCUGGAGGCACCGGCACCUAGAGAUAGACUGCCAGAUAGUCUAACGGACAGACAGGCGGCGGAAUUCCUGAUAGAGGAGACCUCGGCCCUGAUAGAAAGGAUAUGCGAUGCUACCAUUCCUAUGAAAGGCGGGCGCCCGGACGGCAAGAGGGCAAUUCAUUGGUGGUCGGAUAAACUGAGUAGUCUGAGAAAGACGUGCUUAAGAAGCAGACGUAGAAUGUAUAGGGCGGCGAAGAGACGCAGGCCAAACGCGGAUGCUCUAGUAGAAGAAUAUAGGGUGGCUAGGAAGCAGCUAACGCGGGCAAUAAAAGACAGCAAAGACAACAGUCUGAGGCGGCUGUGCGAAGAGGUGGAAGGAGAUCCGUGGGGACUCGGAUAUAAAAUUAUGACGGAAAAACUCAAAACUGGAAACGGCGCUGAGCGUAGAGAAAAAGCCGUGAUGGGAAGGAUAGAAGAUGAACUUUUCCCGACGCAUCCAGCCAGAGAGGAUACGGAAGACGAGGGUACACCGGGCGCUCCAGUUUUCACGAGGAAGGAGCUUGAGAGAGCGAUAUCCUGCCUGAGGACUGGAAAAGCUCCGGGACCGGAUGGCAUUCCAAGCGAGGUUCUACGACUGAUCGCCAAGGCAGCAGGCGGACUGGCCGAUAAUCAGCACGGUUUCCGCAAAGGUCGCUCCACGAUAGGCGCGAUAAGAUCUAUCACGAACGAAAUACUCGAGACGAGACGCGUGAAAAGCAGAGAAAAACCAAUAGUGCUGACGGCGACGUUAGAUAUAAGAAACGCAUUCAACUCGAUUCGGUGGACGGACAUUCUUAAGGUCUUACAAGCCCACGGGGUACCGGAGUACCUGGUGAGGGUGAUGCGGGAUUAUCUACGACAAAGAAAGAUUAGGUACGAGACGGCGGAGGGGUGGGUCACAAGAGAUAUCACAGCUGGAAUGGCGCAAGGUUCUAUCCUGGGUCCACUACUCUGGAAUCUCAUAUACGAUAGUCUGUUACGCUCUCCGUUGCCAGACGGAAUAAAGCUGGUAGCAUAUGCGGACGACGUCGCUAUUGUGAUUGUUGCGCAGGAAAUGAAUCUGGCUGAGGAGAUCCUGGAUACUGUGAUGACAAUCAUAGGGGACUGGAUGAAGGCUCAUGGCCUGGUGCUUGCGAUCCACAAGACAGAAGUGACCAUAUUCACGAGGCGAAUGAUAGAACAAGAAUGA